CUGGGUAAUCACUUUCGGCCUAACGUUUCGUUAACUUUCAUUGUACACAAAUUCGCUGCCAUAUUAGACUGGAUGUCAAUAGGACAAGAGGCUCAACUGAGAAAUCGACACACAACACCUGAACCGGUUGCUGAUUACGCCUACGUAAACUACCAUGAUACUUCCAAUGGCAGGGCCGGUGUUGCGAGGGACGAUAAGGGGCUACCGAGAAGUAUUCUGAAGAACAAACAGGUCUUGUCAAUGAUGUGUCAUACAGCUCUGAAUUGUAGAAAACAGAAAUUUUGUUUAUCUACCGUGCGAACUAACAUUUUGAGAGUUAUUGAUCGCUUGAGACGCCAUCUAUCUCUGGAAAAGAGUACAUCUCCACCGAGACAGGUGGGCAAAGUGGGGCAUGUUCUUCGCUAUUCUUUCCACAUUACUAGCUACUUUGCUUCAGACCCAAAGAAGAAGCGUUCUAUAUUAUCGUUCAACAGAAGGAGGACUAGCGAGGUGCGCAUGGGUACAGAUGGAAAACUGGUCACCAAUGGAUACGAUGACAAUUCUCGCUACAAACGGCCGAGCUCGCCUAUAGAAAAAAUUAAAUCACUAUUCCGCAAAAAUGACAACUCGACCACCGCCGCCGUCUACGGUGCAUAUACCACGACUAAUGUGGCUGCGGCCAGAGAGGCUUACACUCCCCAAUAUAGGAAGUAUCCAGGAUCGUCAACCCGUGAUGCGUCUACUGUCCUGAAUCGAUACAGUUACACUCCAGGACUGACAGACCAGCGGCGUCACUGGUACGACGACCACAACAUCUACUGA